CGACAUCUCCCUGCACCACCGCCUGUCUCUUUUCUUUAGAAACAAUCGGUGACUUUGGGGGAUACGUAGAGAACCGCCUAUGUCACGGUUCAUGGCAAAAGCCCUACCUACGCAAAAUUUCCUUGUCGGAUGCGAGUGGCUGCGGAACCCAACCCUUCGUCCUCUCUUUCUCUCUUUCUUUUUCACACUCUCGUUUCUUCUGCUUGUGAUACGUUUCCUCUUUUCCGCGCAUUUCCCUUUUUCUCCGUCCACAACUCCCCGCGGUCGCGCCCGUAUGCGCCACUAGUGUACGGAGCACAGUCGGCUCCGGCACUGUGUUGUUUCCAGUCUUCAAUUUUCCUGUUUGUUGUUAGCCAAGAGAGAAAACCGCAGUUUCGCGGUGCUCGUUUGGUUUCACCAGGUGUGGAUUUCUACACCGUUAACGCCGCGACAAUCUUUGGGCAAAAAAGACGCUCAAUCUUGUUUUUUUUUCUGCCCCCCCACUUCAAGCUUGCCAACACGCUGUUCUACACUCGAAGUGGUCUCCCUCUUCCCAUCUGGGUGUCGACUUCUUUUCACCACUCCACGUUUUCACUCUUCCACUUCUUUUCGGUCUUUCACUUUCUCGUCCGCGCCAUUUUGUCGUGGGUACACCGUGCAGCAUCGCUGCGACGAAGACUCAAGCCUUCGUAUUCUUAGAAUCUCUUGUUUGGUUUCGCUUCUUUCUCAUUUUCUGUCUUCGAAUUACAUGCGCAUCGACGCGUCUGACUCUCGGGAGACGAAAGGCUUUCAGGUGGGAAGGAGUUUCAGAAAUCUCUUCUUACCGCUUCCGCCGACCACGGCGCGCCACCGGUCUGUGACUUUUUUCCCCACGACUGAAACUGCUCAGUCUAGAUUUCUGUGUGUGUAAUUCCGCUGUCCUUUCUGAAGCGCGGCUUUCCUCCGUUGCCGAGGAGCGUUUCUCUUCUAAGUUGCGCGCAUUCACCGCCCCCGUUUUCUCGUUGUCUGAGCUUUACUCCCUUUCUCCGACUUCCUGUCUUUCCAUUGCACUCAGCCUUUCCGCCAAAUCUCGCAUUCCACCUUCUCUGCUUGCCUCGGGCACAACUCAGUGCACUCUACAAGAUGCCGACAGAGACCCGCAAAGACGUGGUGGCGCCUGCGGGUGCGGAGGCAGAGGGGGAGGAAGGUCGUUCCUACGUCUUUUUGCGGGCUCUUUCUGGAAAUAAAAAUCAAACGAUUCAGAGCGAAAUCAUGCAGAGGCUAGGGGCGAUCAUGGUCGGACAGAAAGGAGCAGAAAACGGCCCCGAAGAAGCGACCAUCCAGGAAGACAUGACCAUCUUGAACGAGUAUGUGUGGCACCUCCUCACCCAGGAAGCCGCCACGCAGGGAAGACUCAAAAAGGAACUCGCCGAAUUUCUGCAGACCAAUACAGACGACUUCGUUUCUUGGCUGGACUCUCUGCUGUGUCGCUACGACCCCGAGGCGUCCGCGUCUGGCGACGAAGAGGGCGCGUUGGAUGGAGCAGAGACUCCUCCCUCUCACACCCACAACUCCUCGGACUGGAAGAGUCGAUACCGUUCGGAGGACAUUUCGCUUUCGCGCGAAGAAGGCCGCCACUCUCGCCGAAGCUCGAGACGAAGUGCAGAGCCUUCUCAGCGGUCCCGACAUCGCUCUCGACGCCACGAAGAAGAGAGAUACGAAGAAGAAGAAAGACACCGGAGGAGACACGAAGGAUCUGGUGACCGCCACCGGAGUUGCAGGCGAAAAGAGUACGAGGACCGGAGUCGGAGCCCGUACUCUCGACGAAGAGAGAGGGAUUUCUACAGUCGCCGGAGUCCCAGCGAGGGGCGCUACCGCGGCACCAGCCAUUCGGAGAGACACAUGGAAGAAGGACGAGGAGGUUCCUCCAGACCGGUGCGAGAAGGAGGCAGCCGCGGGCGCUUGAUCGGCCUCGCUAUGAAGCAAGCCGUGGGGUGUCAGCGCCGAAGCGGGGGCGGCCUGGAAGGCGCAGAGGGUCCUUCGCCGCCGACUUCCUUUUCCGAAGAGAGAAGAAGUCGGAGCAGGAGUGCCGGACGCGUGAGAGCCAUUGUGUUGGUGGAUGACCGAAGCAGACACCGAGCCCAGGCCGAAGGCGAGACAGGACAGCACCUCGAAGAAAACAAACACGCAGAAGUUGCGAGGAACGACGGGACCGGCGUCAACGGAGCAGACGGACCCGGCGCAAGGACCAAGGCGAUUCUCAGACCGAAUCCACGGUACACGGCAGGUCCAGGAUCUCCGGCAGUCCUGUCGGACGUACCCUUUCUUUCUCCUCAUCCGGCGGCGACUGCAGGAGGACUUUUGUCUCCGUCGGAAGGUCUGUCGCGCCGGCCCACCAGGUCGAGUCCCUCCUUCGCAGAGCCGCAGUACCCCCCCGCUUUCGCCUCCUUCCCGCCUGCCGGAGGAGACUUGGAAAUGGAAAUGGGCGGGAUAAGCGCUCUUUCGAACGAGGCCGACCUGAGCCGAGGUUCCGCCUUCCUCGCUGUCGGAGGAAGCGCCGGGCCUCCGCUGACCCGAGGCCCCGCAGGUGCCCCAGCGCCCUUCGCCGUAGGCAAGGUCCGGAAGCGCUGCAUCAAGUGGCCAAGAUGCCCGUACGGAGCGAACUGCAUGUACAUACACCCGACUGCGAAGUGCACCAAGUGGCCACGCUGUGCGUUCGGGGAUGCCUGCUUCUACUGGCACCCGGCGGUCAUGUGCAAAUUCGGUGCACACUGCGCAAAUCCUUUCUGCAACUACACUCACGAACCGGUCGACCCGACUCUGGCGGCCGAGGCCGCAAGCGCUGUCGGCGCCUCUCUUCCAACUGAGCAGGUUGGAGCCUCAGAGUCUCCUUUGUCUGGGGGCCCUGCAGGUUCUCACGGCGAGAAGGCGACGGGAGAAAGUUUCCUCGGCGCUCGAGGCCACGAUGGAUUCUACCGCAACAAGACGUGGACUCCAGGACAAGGAGACAGACAAGACUCUUCUUCCGCGACGAUGGGUGGCGCGAAUCUUCAGACAUCAGUUGCAGCUCUAAGUGACACUCUUCCAGGAACGCCGCCGGAGUUGAGGAGAAGAAGAGAAGAAUCUUUUCCGAGCGAGAAACCUCUGCUCCUCCCGCCAGCGCUGUCCGCGCAGGACGCCGCUGCGGCGCCCAGGGAGGGAGAAGAAGGCGUGAUGGAAGGAUGAACUCCGGAGGGAGACAGAGAGGAGAUUAUGAUGGAGGGCAAAGACAGGUGGAACGCCUUUGGCGAAGGAAGUCGGGGGCACAAGAGCAGGCUGCUGUGUUUGGGAGAGAGAGACACCCGAGAAGGCGAGAGGGCUGCAGCCUUCUAGCGGCUUCCUCAGCUCUGUCUCGACGCGAGAAGAGAGACAGGUGUGAGGACCGAGAGGAUCCCGGGGACGGACCGAGAGGAGAGAGGAGACGGCGGGGGGGGGGGGAGCUUUGGAGAGGAGAACGCGAAAAAGUUUCCAUUUCUCCAAGGUGCGGCCUUCCUGGGGGGUCCGUCGCCGGCGCAGAGGCGCUGUGGCGGGGAACGCGGCACGAAGAGAAGAAAGCAGAAACGAAGUGGAGAACCACUUUCAGGGCAACACCAGAGCAUGCGCGCCCUGGAUUCGAGAGCUUUUGACGAUGGAAAAUCAAAAGCCAGGGAACUGUUUCGCCGGAGAAGAGACAUUUCUUCGUCUCUUCGUUGCCUGUUCCUUCUGUUUAUUGCUCGCGCUGCAGCUCUCUAGAACCAAGGCUGCACAGCAACAUUCGAGAAGAGCAAAGGAGGCGAAAGGGAACUUGAUGUGGAAGAUCCUUUUGAACGAUCUCCUUGGAUCUGCGAGAGCAGGAAGCAGCGACUUGUGCGACAGGAGAGCUAACGGGGAUCUCUGUGAUGGAACGGAAGAAGAAGAAAAGGAAGAGGACGACGGAACUGGCGUGUCAGUUAGCGCCGAGCUUUGCAAGGGGCGAGACAGGGGAAGAAUGAGAAACGAUCUCUGCUGUUUGGGAACUGCCCCAAACUUUGUCGAGAAUCUCGCGUUUUCUGCAGAACGUUCUCUGCAAAAGACAGGAAACCACAUGUAGAGACAAUGAUCAUUGAAACGCGUGGUCGCACUGAUGAUCCAUACAUAUCUAUAUAUAUAUAUAUAUAUAUAUACAAAUGUAUGUAUAUGUAUAUAUGCAUACACAUAUGGAUGCAUAUGUUUAUGUGCGUAUCUAUAUCUUUAUAUCUAUAUCUCUCUAUAUGUAUAUAGAGAAAUACAUAUACAUGUGAAUGCGGUUGCGUUGCCUCCGGAUAUGCUGCGUAUGGCAAAGAAGCGAGACUGCCGUUUCUGUGCCGUUUUUGCAUUUUCGUAGACUGUUUUUCGCUGGCCAAGUCAACAUCAGUGGCUCCGAUUAGUCUGAGAGAACGCCGGCUCUUCUAGCCCAGAGACAGUUGACGGGUCGAGACAGAUUUGUCAGCCGGAGUCGGUUGGUUUCUCCACUCCGAGAACAACAGUCAGAGAACCACUGAAGCUAUAGACGUCCUGAUGCACAAAAUAGAUCGUUUUAUGUCCGUAGAAUCUCCCUUUCUUCUCCAGUACGAAUUGUCAAAUGAAACGUCUCCGUGUCUAGAAGAUCCCUUUUCCCGGGGACGACAUUCGAAACGUCGGAAUCCUCGUUCCACCGCGGUCGAUCACCCCCCCCCCACAAUGCAGUUCAGCACUGUUCGCUGUGACAAGCAGUCCAGUGGGGUGGUGGUGCAGAUCAACCGCAAAACUGUGACCGUCUGAACCUCGUAAUAACUGGAGUCCAACGGAGCGUCUGUGUAUCAGCUCCUUGGUUAUCCAUUCAGGGAAGUAAAUUCCUUUGUACGAAGGGCAUGGGAACGCAUAGAAAAACAGACUGAACACCAGUGUGGCACUCCCGAACGGACGCGCUGCAACUGGACGUUUCACUUCCGACAGAUUCAACAGCCCGUCAACAGUGGCGUCGCUGCAAAAGGUAAAACGGUCCGUGACCGCGUGGUGCAGAAGGCGAGACAGUUCUGUCUGCUUGCGAUGGACACACUGUCUUUGAAACUCACGUUUUUCCUUCUACAGCAAAAUCUAAACUGUGUGCUGUGACGAAGAAAACGGUGAAACACAAACCUCUCAGCGAGGAGACUGCCUCGUUGACACCGCAGAGGCCCCGCGCAGAGGACGUCUCACUCUGUCGCCCAUUUCUCUUCUUAAAAAAUUCAACAAGAGAAAUCAAAGGUUUCUGCCAUCCUUCCAACAACCAACAGCGCACAUGCACUGCCGCUCACACACUCAACACCUUGCACACCAAACUGUCGACAGUGAAGGCGUGCCUAUGUCGAA